CGCGCUGACGUCACGACGCGGGCGGAAGAUGGCCGGGCUGUGCGCCGGCAGCCGCUGACCAGGCGGAGCGCAGCCCGAGCACCAGCCCGGCUCCCGCUCCCGCUCCCGCUGCCGCCGAGCGGCCGCCGCCAUGUCGCUACUGCAGUCGGCGCUCGACUUCCUGGCGGGCCCGGGCUCUCUGGGUGGAGCUGCCGGCCGCGACCAGAGCGACUUCGUGGGGCAGACGGUGGAGCUGGGCGAGCUGCGCCUCCGGGUGCGGCGGGUCCUGGCCGAGGGAGGGUUUGCAUUUGUGUACGAAGCCCAAGACCUGGGAAGUGGCAGAGAGUAUGCCUUGAAGAGGUUACUGUCCAACGAAGAGGAAAAGAACAGAGCCAUCAUUCAGGAAGUUUGCUUCUUGAAAAAACUUUCUGGCCACCCCAACAUCGUCCAGUUCUGCUCUGCAGCAUCCAUAGGAAAAGAAGAGUCGGACACCGGGCAGGCGGAGUUCCUCCUGCUCACGGAGCUCUGUAAAGGGCAGCUGGUGGAAUUUCUAAAGAGAGUCGAAUCUAAAGGCCCUCUGUCCUGUGACACCAUUCUGAAGAUCUUUUACCAGACGUGCAGAGCAGUGCAGCACAUGCACAGACAGAAGCCACCUGUCAUCCACAGAGACCUCAAGGUUGAGAACUUGCUGCUCAGCAAUCAGGGGACCAUUAAGCUGUGUGACUUUGGCAGCGCCACGACCAUCUCUCAUUACCCUGACUACAGCUGGAGCGCCCAGAGGCGAGCCAUGGUGGAGGAGGAGAUCACAAGGAACACCACACCCAUGUACAGAACCCCAGAAAUCGUAGACCUGUACUCCAACUUCCCCAUCGGAGAGAAGCAGGACAUCUGGGCCCUGGGCUGUAUCCUGUACCUGCUGUGUUUCCGGCAGCAUCCUUUUGAGGAUGGGGCAAAGCUUCGCAUAGUCAACGGGAAGUACUCGAUCCCCAUGGACGACUCUCGGUACACCAUCUUCCACAGUCUCAUUCGUGCCAUGCUGAGGGUCAACCCUGAGGAGCGGCUGUCCAUCACAGAGGUGGUCCGCCAGCUGCAGGAGAUGGCCGCAGCCAGGAACCUGAACCCCAAGGCGCCCAUCACGGAGCUGCUGGAGCAGAAUGGGGGCUAUGGGAACCCAGGGCCGUCCCGAGCACCACCCGCCGCUGGAGGCUCUGUGAGCAGUGGCUACAGUGGAGGCCUGGCGCUGGCAGAGUACGACCAGCCUCAUGGUGGGCUUCUUGACAUCCUGCGGGGUGGGACCGAGCGGCUCUUCACUAACCUCAAGGACACCUCCUCCAAGGUCAUCCAGUCUGUUGCUAACUAUGCCAAGGGCGAUCUGGACAUAUCCUACAUCACGUCUAGGAUUGCCGUGAUGUCCUUCCCGGCCGAAGGCGUGGAGUCAGCCAUCAAGAACAACAUUGAGGACGUGCGGCUGUUCCUGGAUGCCAAGCACCCGGGGCACUACGCCGUCUACAACUUGUCCCCAAGAACCUACCGGGCCUCCAAAUUCCACAGCCGGGUCUCCGAGUGCGGCUGGGCAGCCAGGCGGGCACCACACCUGCACAGCCUGUACGCCAUCUGCAGGAACAUGCACUCCUGGCUGCGGCAGGACCAGAGGAACGUCUGUGUUGUGCACUGCAUGGACGGGAGAGCUGCGUCCGCCGUGGCCGUCUGCUCCUUCCUCUGCUUCUGCCGUCUCUUCAGCACCGCAGAGGCUGCCGUGUACAUGUUCAGCAUGAGGCGCUGCCCACCAGGCAUUUGGCCAUCUCACAAAAGGUACAUCGAGUACGUGUGUGACAUGGUGGCCGAGGAGCCCAUCACGCCGCACAGCAAGCCGAUGCUGGUGAAGGCCAUCGUCAUGACGCCCGUGCCGCUGUUCAGCAAGCAGAGGAACGGCUGCCGGCCCUUCUGCGAGGUCUACGUGGGGGACGAGCGCGUGGCCACCACAUCCCAGGAGUACGACAGGAUGCGGGAAUUCAAGAGUGAGGACGGCAGGGCGGUCAUCCCCCUGGGCACGACGGUGCAAGGGGACGUGCUCCUCGUCAUUUACCAUGCCAGGUCCACACUGGGGGGCCGGCUGCAGGCCAAGAUGGCAUCCAUGAAGAUGUUCCAGAUUCAGUUCCACACUGGCUUCGUGCCUCGGAACGCGACCACCGUGAAAUUCGCAAAGUACGACCUGGACGCAUGUGACAUCCAGGAGAAGUACCCAGACCUGUUCCAGGUGAGCCUGGAUGUCGAGGUGGAGCCCAGGGACAGGCCAAGCCGGGAGGCCCCCCCCUGGGAGAGUGCCAGCAUGAGGGGGCUGAACCCCAAGAUCCUGUUCUCCAGCCGGGAGGAGCAGCAGGACAUUCUGUCAAAGUUUGGGAAGCCGGAGCUCCCCAGGCAGCCAGGCUCCACGGCUCAGUACGAGGCCGAGACGGGGUCUCCGGAGGCUGCGCCCUCAGAGUCGGACUCACCGCAGAGCAGCAGCACCGAGGCCAGCCACUUCCUCCACACGCUGGACUGGCAGGAAGAGAAAGAAGCAGACACUGGUGUAGAAAAUACCUCUCCCAAGGAGAGUCCAUCUGCCCCAGUCGCGGACGGAGAGGGAAGCGGACCCUCGGAUGAAGAGCCGACCUUCCCUGGCGAGGACACAGCCAGCCUGGCCUCGGGGACCGGCCAGCAGGACUUGACACUGGAAGUGGGGUCCUCGGCAGUGCCCCCAGAGCCCCUGCUGCAGGAGGAGGGUGUGGACCUCCUGGGGCUGCACUCGGAGGCGGACCCAGAGCCAGGGCCUCCCUCGCAGGCCCCCUCCAGCAACGCCGACCUGCUCAGCCGCCUGCUGGGGCCACCCGUUCCCGCUCCAGAGGGGUCCCCGGACGACCUGCUCCUGGCGAGCCCGGCCGCUCCGGAGAGCCUGCAGCGCACCCCGCGAGCCGGGGCCCCUCGCCCGGCGGACCCCUUCGACCCGCUCCCGCCUCCCGCGGAGGCCCACGCCCAGCCCUGCGCCUCGCCCGACCUCCUGGGGGAGCUCCUUGGCCCCGACUGCGUGGCAGCCACCCCUGCUGCCUUCCCUGCCGCCCACAGCGCCCCGCCCCCGUCCUGCAGCGCCACCUUCCUGCGCCUGGGGGGUCUGCCGGCAGAGCCCAGCAAGGUGACAGCCUCCUCCAGCCACCCGGAUCUGCUGGGCGGGUGGGACGCCUGGGCCGAGGCUGCGGUGCCUGGGCCAGCCCCCACGCCAGCCGCAGAAGGCCCCCUUUUCUCUCCAGGAGGCCAGCCAGACCCACCCGGCCUGCAGCCCAGCCAGACCAAGCCUCAGAGCCUGGACCCCUUUGCCGACCUAGGCGACCUCAGCUCCAGCCUCCAAGGUCCUCCUGCGGGCUUCCCUCCCGGUGGCUUCAUUCCCAAACCGGCCCCUUCUCCCAAAGGCAGUGGCUCCUGGCAGACAAGUCGGCCACCAGCCCAGGGCACCUCAUGGCCCCCCCAGGCCAAGCCUCCACCCAAAGCCGGUUCACAGCCGAGACCCACCUACACCACUAACUUCAGUGUGAUCGGGGGCCGAGAAGAGAGGGGCGUCCGUGCACCCAGCUUUGCCCAGAAGCCAAAGGUCUCAGAGAAUGACUUUGAAGAUCUGCUGUCCAAUCAAGGCUUCUCCUCCAAGUCAGACAGGAAGGGACCAAAGACCAUGGCGGAGAUGAGGAAGCAGGACCUCGUUAGAGACACGGACCCGCUCAAGUUGAAGCUCCUGGACUGGAUUGAAGGCAAGGAGCGGAACAUCCGAGCACUGCUGUCCACGCUGCACACGGUGCUGUGGGACGGGGAGAGCCGCUGGACUCCCGUGAGCAUGGCCGACCUGGUGACCCCGGGGCAGGUGAAGAAGCAGUACCGCCGUGCGGUGCUGGUCGUGCACCCCGACAAGGCCGCAGGGCAGCCGUACGAGCAGCACGCCAAGAUGAUCUUCAUGGAGCUCAACGACGCCUGGUCCGAGUUUGAGAGCCAGGGCUCCCGGCCCCUCUUCUGACCCUGGGCAGCUGCAGGAGCCCCCGGGAGCCCCGGCUGUGGGCCAGAGGCGCAGGCGGAGGCAGCCCAGGCUGGUGGUCCGCUGUGCGCCCCCUGCCCGCAGGAGAGAAGCAUUCCAAAGCCGUUGUGUUGUCCUGUGCGCCUUUUCCGCCCCAGAGGAACAGUGUUGCCUGUGCCCCUCCACACGCGUCGCGGUCUGGUUUGUUUGGUGUCUGGCCGUCACCCGGGCGCCGCCAGGGGGCUCUGCUGCCUGCUCUGCAGUGCGCGCCUCUGUGCCGUCUUGAUCGUCUGUACAUAUUAAACUAUUUUCUGAGGACUGUCA